AUGUUCUUAUUGGUGUCAGAGUUCUUGGGGAGAGGGCUACAACACCUCUUCGAACAAAAUGAGAGUCGGUAUUAUGUCUCAGUUGGUUCUCGGGUCCCGUACCUUGCAUUUGCUGACGAUAUGCUAGUCCUUGCUCGCUGUUCAGAAGAUUGUUUAGAUUCACGGGUAGCGUUCUUUGCGCGUUAUCAAGCUUAUUUUGGGCAGAGAAUAAAUGGGGGUAAAAGCUCUUUUAUUCUCUCUAACAGAGCGUCGGAGGAUACGGUUGCCUUGGUGCGGGAGAAGUUGCAGUUCCAACAGCAAAUGCUACCUUUCGUAUAUUUAGGAGCCCCUAUAUCCCAAGGCAGAGUGACAUGCAUACUUUUGGCAAAGAUGCAAAGCCGUUUGUCUCAUUGGAACUCCCGGUUGCUCUUGGCGGGGGGUAAGUUAGUCUUGCUCCGACAUGUCCUCUCCUCCAUUCCAGUGUAUCUGUUGCAGGUCCUUCAACCUCCACGAGCGAUUUUCCAGAGGGUGGGUAGAAUAUGCAAUGCUUUCUUGUGGGAUAAAGCGGAUGGUUUGAAGGGUAUCCAUUGGACCUCAUGGGAGAAGGUUUGCUUCCCAACAUCAGAGGAGGGCUUAGGAGUGCGAUCCUUCGGGGACAUGAGUGCGGCCUUUGCAUGCAAACUGUGGUGGCAGUUACGCCAGAAUAGAUCAUGGUGGACGGAUUUCAUGCGUGUGAAGUGGCUCUUGGAGGUGCCCCUGGUUGAGAAAGUAGGUGUAGUUGACCCGCCGCACAUGCUAGUAGCUGAGUUUUUUGGAGAGAGGGGAUGGAACACUGGGUUGUUACAGGCCUGGUUACCGAUGGGUUUGGUUCGCCAGGUCCAGGAGGUUUCCUUACAUCCGGACCAGGAGGAUGAAAUGGUGUGGGUAGGGUCUUCAUCGGGAGUUUUCUCAAUCAAAGACGGGUGGGAGGCCCUACGGCAGAAAAGAAAUCUCUCUAUGGCUGAUAGGUUCAUAUGGAAUAGAGUCCUGUUGCUCAAAAUCUCCUUCCUAGUGUGGAAAGUGCUGCGUAAUAUGGUUCCGGUGGAUGUAAAUUUGCAACAGCGGGGCAUCAAGCUGGCGUCUCGGUGUUGGUGUUGCUCCUUGCAUGAAGAGUCCUUGACUCACCUAUUUCUCGACGGGGCAGUAGCGGAGCAGCACGGAACAAGUCAAGGUUUGAGGGGACUCAGAUGGAGCCGCAGGGGGUUAUUUGUGCGGUGGGCAGUGAGGUGGAGCAGUUGGGGAGGGCAAAUUUAUGGUCCUUGGUGCACUUCAAGGGUGACUCGAAUGAUCCAUGGGGCGUUAUUUGCUGCUUGGCGGCCACAGGCAACACGGCGGUUGCGGAUUUCUUGGAAGCCACCGCCACAGGAUGUCGUCAAGUUGAACACGGAUGCCAGUGUUUCAGGUAGGAGGGUAUCGGGAGGUGACUUGCUGCGGGACCAUGAUGGUGGCUUGAUCUUUGCAUUCUAUAAGGAAUUCGGGGAUGUUGACGUGCUGACCGCCGAGAGUUUGGCCAUACUGCAGGGUUUGCUCUUCUGCAAAAGGGUUCGGGUUCAGAGGCUAUUAGUAGAGGUGGACUCGGCGGGGUUGGCCCACUUGCUGGGCUCAGGGGCCUUGGCAAAAUGGCCGUUAUGUAACACAUUACGGCAGAUUCGAGCCAUGCUUCAGAGCUUCAAUACCACUGCUAGAUACAUAUUCAGAGAAGCGAACGCCACGGUGGAUAAAUUAGCAAUAAUGGAGGCUCAGGUUGACUUUUUUACCAUGACCUUCCAGCAACUUCCGAGGGAUGUUAGAGCUGUUAUACUUCUAGAUAGCAGGGAAGUUCCUUUUGUUCGAACACAAAUUGUGAGAGAGUAG